AAAAGUCUUAUUGUGUCCUCCCUCCCAACUUGCUCAUCUUACCUCCAUCUCCAACCCCUCUUUCUUCUCUCUACUCCAUUCUCUCUCGAUCACCUUUCCUCUUUCACUCCUGUCAGGUGCACUCAUCCAUCCCUUCAUUCAGCUGACAAAAUGGCGAUGACAGAUCUGCUGAAAGCUGAGGAGAUCAAGAAAGCUCUUGAUGCCUUUGCAGCGGAAACAUUCGACCCUAAAAAGUUCUUUGAAAUGGUUGGAAUGAAGGCCAUGUCAGCCGAAAACGUCAAGAAGGUCUUCCAGGUUCUGGAUGUGGACGGUAGCGGCUUCAUAGAGGAGGAAGAGCUCAAGUUUGUACUGAAGGGCUUUUCCCAGGAAGGCAGAGAUCUGACUGACGCUGAGACAAAAGCAUUCCUCAAAGCCGCAGACAAAGAUGGAGAUGGCAAGAUCGGCAUUGACGAGUUCGAAGGCUUGGUGCAUGAGUAGGGGAUAGCUGAACACCCCCCAUCUUCUUCCUCCUCCUCCUCUUCGUUCCUGCAUUCAUAUUUUGUAACUGCCACCUUAAAACUCCUCUCACCUUCCUCGGGACCCCGCACGUGGAGUCAGACCAGGCCUGCUCUCUACAAAACAUUACAAACGCAGGCCAACAGGGAGUAACCAUGAGGAGGAAAAUACAGGCAUAACAAUUACCAGUUUCAUUUUUCAUUUUUUAUAUAUAUUUAAUCACACAUGCUGUAUGAGUUUCAGACUGCUUCUUGAUUUCAUGGAGAUAGUGUGGUCUCAAAACAGAUGGUACCAGUGCUGUAGAUGGUGUAGAUGUUAUAAAGACUUCUUAAAUCUUAAUUUCCUUCCUUUGCGUAUUUCAGGUUGUGCAUUUUGUCUCAUUGGUUUUACUUCUAGAUGUUCACAUAUCAGUGCACUUUCCUCCCACUCCUCUUCCUCGUCCACCUUCCCUCACUUCACCUCCUCUCCACUAUCCCUCCUCCUCACUCCCUCCCUCCAAUCAGAUGAUGUAGUAAAUACAAUGAUAUAUAAGGAGAGCUGUGAAGAGAGACAAGAUCUGAGUAAGAAAUGAUAAUAAAAAAAACUUGAGUAAUAA